CACCGCCGCUAACAACCAUUCCCCCACGACGUCGCUUACAUCCGACGCGCCGUCGAGAUAGCCGACAAAUCUGCGGGCUUCACGUCUCCACAUCCGAACUUCGGGUGCGUAAUCGCCACGCCAAGCGGAGAUGUCGCCGGUGAGGGGUACCUGUACGCCCAGGGCACGAAGCCCGCCCGCUGAGAUCCAAGCGGUGGAGGCCGGAGGCGGGCAUUGUAGAGGCGCCACUACCCACCUCAAUAUGGAACCCGGUGACUGCCAUGGCGAUCACACUGCCGUCUCUGCUCUGGUUCAGGCAGCCAUCCAAAGAGUUGUUGUUGGAAUCAGGCAUCCUUUUCAGCAUCUCAGAGGCAAUUCUAUACGUGCCUUGAGGAGUCAAGGUUUGCAUGUUGAGGUUCUCGGGGAGGAUGUACAAAGUAAGAUUGUGGAGGAAGCUCAGAAAUCAUGCCUUCUCGUCAAUCUGCCUUUAAUUCACAGAGCUACAUCUCGAGUUCCAUUUUCUGUUCUUAAGUAUGCUAUGACCCUUGAUGGAAAAAUUGCAGCCAGUAGUGGACAUGCAGCAUGGAUAAGCAGCAAAAUGUCUAGGCAUAGGGUCUUUGAACUAUGGGGCAGAAGUGAUGCAAUUGUAGUGGGAGGAAAUACCAUAUGCAGGGACAAUCCACUAUUAACUACAAGGCAUGGAGGUUGGCAUAUGCCCAUUCGGAUCGUAAUGACACAGAUUCUUGAUCUUCCAGUGGAAGCAAAUCUGUGGGACAUGUCUGAGGUCUAGUAUAGUUGUAACACAAAGAGAAGCUAGGAGGAGUUUCCAGAAAUUGCUUGCAUCUAAAGGAGUUGAAGUAGUGGAGUUUGACAUCUUAAAUCCCAGAGAAGUUAUGGAAUAUUUUCAUGAUCGGGGCUACCUAUAUCUCUUAUGGGAGUGUGGAGGGACUCUAGCUGCAUCUGCCAUUUCAUCUGGUGUAAUACACAAGUGGUAUGCAGAUUAAGACCCACAAACGAAAUAUUGCUGCUCCCCUGGACCCUGCAGCCCUGGACCCUGCAGCAUUUGCUGAUGCAGUGGUCCAGAUUUAUCUGGAUAAUGCUGGUGAUCUGAUAAAUUUCUACAGCAGUG